UUUGCCAAGGAGGGACCCGGCUGAGCUGGGCACAAGGCCAUGGCCACUGCAGGCUCCUCAGCCCCGUGCAUUGAACUCCAGGCUGCUCUGGAACAGUGGCUGCAGGCGGAGACGAAAUUCUCACCUGGCCCCAAACUGGAGGAGGCAGAAGAAGAAGCAGCCCCAGACGCCACCCAGAUCUUUGGGAACUUUCUGAGAUGGAUGGUGGAGCAGAUCAAACAGGAGCUGGGCAAGGGGGUGUUGGCACAGUACUGGCACGGCCGGUGGAAGGUGUUCCUUGAGAGCGUGCAAAGUCCGGGGAAUGAACAGCUGCCCAAGAAAGAGCGGGAGGACAGCAAGGUCUCUCUGCCCUGCCCGGAGAGAGAGGUUUUGGUCCGUCCGCAGCUGGGAGGAGAACAGGGAAGGGGGCCCGUGUCUGGGGUUCGCGGGACGGCUCGACAAGUUUGGGCAGAAAAUCACAGCAGCCCUGACUGUGGCAGCUCCAGGAGGGUGAAGGAAGAGCCGACCAGUGAGGGCACUGUCACCUGGGAGGCCAAGCGCCAGCUGUUCCGGCAGUUCCGCUACCAGGAGGCCGAGGGCCCCCGCGAGGCCUGCGGCCGUCUCUGGUUCCUCUGCCAUCAGUGGCUGAAGCCCGAGAGGCAUUCCAAGGAGCAGAUUCUGAAGCUGUUGAUCCUGGAGCAGUUUCUGGCCAUCCUGCCCCUGGAGAUGCAGAACUGGGUCAAGGAACGCGGUCCGGAGACUUGCUCUCGAGCGGUAAACCUGGCCGAGGAUUUCCUGCGAGGGCAAAGAGAGGCCGAGAAAGAGAAGGUGAGGGGUGUUAUUUUGGUGCUGGGUAGAGAUGUGGGGAAGGUACAGGAUGGGGACCCCUUACCUGGCUGGGACAUUCUUUAG